UUCUACUCAUCACAUCUCCAUCCCAAAACUCAAGUUUUUUCUGCUUGUAUUGCAGCUGUUUCAGUCUUCUUCAAUGGCUGCUAAAACCAUUUCAAAAUCAAGUUAUCAGCUCAAAGCUGCCUUUGAUGUUUUGGGACUCUUGUGUCUGUUGCUGUUGUUGCAGAAAGGUAAUGCAAUUCAAUUCAAUGUUGGAGGAGCUAAGGGUUGGAAUGUGAAUGAUGCAAAACGUUACAAUCAGUGGGCUGAAAAAACAAGAUUUCAGACCGGUGACUCUCUGUUGUUUGUGUACAAACCAAACCAAGACUCAGUGCUUCAAGUAACAAAAGAAGACUACCAAAACUGCACUACAACAGCACCUCUUGCAACGUUCAACGACGGUCGCACUGUCGUUACAUUUAAGAAAUCGGGACCUCACUACUUCAUUAGUGGAAAGAAAGAAAAUUGUCUGAAGAAUGAGAAGUUGGUAGUAAUUGUUUUGUCAGAGAGAAGCGAUUCUUCCACUUCGCCUCCAGGUGGUAUGGGCAUUGCACCAGCUGGGGAGAAUUCUCCGACUGCAGGAUCGAUUCAGCUGAAUCCGACUCCAUCACCAGAUGAGCAGACGCCAAGUGCAGCUUCUUCAACAUUUGUUAGUUUAACAGGUUUCGUUGGGACAUUAUUUGCUUUAUCUCUUGUUUUUGUGUUCUGAGUGUUAAAAUUUGCAUAAUGAGGAGUUCCACUACUUAUAUUUUUUGGGGGUUUUGAUUUCAAUGUGAGUUUAACGCUUUGAGCUCAGUGGUUUCAACUGGGUUUUUUUAUUAUUAUUAUUAUUCUUAAGGUUAAUUUAUAUUUGAGAUUUGUUUGUUACUGAUGAGAAAAUAAGCUGACAAUUUAUGCAGUGAUCGGUGUGCUUAUUGCUUCAAAUAUGUAAGAGCAUUGUAUACAAGAAAAUAAAUAAAAUUUUACUUUUUUA